AUGGGCCUAGAAGUAAUUUGGAGGCAGACGUCAUCCAGUGCUCGAAUUGGGGUAGCCAUCAGAGAAUGGAAGGGCAGAAGCGAGCAGCUCAAGCGAGAAGCCAAGUCACAGCAGCCUCCCGUCUCUAUGGACCAACGUACCUGGGGGAAAUGGAUCCAAGAUAAGCGAAAAAGGGCGAAGGCGAGCCGGUCGAGGCCUCUUCUGACCACAGAAGUUCUGAUCUGUGUCCACAGCGGGAUAUUCUACCAGAUCGACGAAGUGAUGGCGGCGAGUACGGCGGGCGACGGUCAAUAUUUGGCAGCAGAUCGUUACAGCAACUAA